GAAAAAGGCUAGAACGAGCAUACACGCGAACCAGAUAAGAGGUCAUCAUCAUCAUCAUCAGCAGCAGCAGCAACACAACACCACAUUGGCUUCGUUUGGUUGAACAUCGUACGUCAAAACGUGCGGCACGAUGUCAUCCGAUAAGGUGCCGCCGAUAUCACCAUCGAAAAGUCGUAGGCAACUGCGCGAACGUAAACAACGGAAACUGUAUUCGGAAGAGUUCACAUUCGGCGACGAUGAUUACGAAGGUGCGAGAGGAUUCAGCGUGGCGGAAAAGCUGGAAUCGCCUCGAUUUGCUCAGUCCGGCAUGGUGCGGGAAAUGAAAGGCGAAAAUCUAACCGUCGGGUUUUUGCAACAGAAUGGCUUCAACAUUCCGCUACUGUUCAAGGAGAAAACCGGUCUCGGGCUGCAGGUACCGACGGCCAAUUUCUCCAUCAGUGACGUCCGGAUGUGCGUCGGGUCGCGCCGCCUGCUGGACGUGAUGGACGUUAACACGCAGAAAAACGUCGAGAUGACGAUGAAAGAAUGGGAAAAGUAUUACGAGGAUCCGGCCAAGAAGAAGCUGCUGAACGUGAUUUCGCUCGAGUUUUCCCACACCAAGCUGGAAAACUACGUGCAAAGUCCGUCGAUCGUACGGCAGAUCGAUUGGGUGGAUGUGGUGUGGCCGAAGCAACUGAAAGAAUCACAGGUCGAAUCGACCAACCUGCUAAACGACAUGAUGUAUCCAAAGGUGCAGAAGUACUGUCUGAUGUCGGUCAAGAACUGUUACACGGACUUUCACGUCGAUUUCGGUGGCACCUCGGUGUGGUAUCAUAUACUGCGCGGUAGCAAAGUAUUCUGGCUGAUACCACCGACCGAGAAGAAUCUGCAGCUGUACGAGAAGUGGGUACUGUCGGGCAAACAGUCGGACGUGUUCUUUGGCGAUACCGUGGAAAAGUGUGCGCGCGUUUACCUGACAGCCGGCAAUACGUUCUUCAUCCCUACCGGGUGGAUCCAUGCCGUGUACACACCGACGGAUUCGCUCGUGUUCGGCGGGAACUUUCUGCAUUCGUUCGGCAUCGUGAAGCAGCUGAAAAUUACGCAGGUGGAGGAUAAUACGAAGGUGCCGCAGAAGUUUCGUUACCCAUUUUUCACCGAAAUGCUGUGGUACGUGCUGGCGAAGUAUGUGUACACGCUGCUUGGUCAUUCACAUCUCGAGGGCGAACCGGGCCGAGAGCACGAGCUGGAAGGGAAACCGCAUGUACAUCUGACGCACUACGAACUGUUCGGGCUGAAGGACAUCGUGAUGUACCUGUACGAUUUGCCGGCACAGAAGAAGAAUGUACCGGAGCUGAUAAAGGAUCCGGUGGCGCUCAUUAAGGACGUACGGACGUUGGUCGAGCGACACUGUCGGGACGUUCCGGAGUUGGCCGUUACCGGUGUGCCGGUGUUGCACCCGGACCUGAACGUAAGCAACAAUGCGUACAUUCGGGAGCACUAUGAAUAUUAUUCGGGUGAUGGCUGUGGAAACCGGACGACCGAUAAUGAAGGACCGGGUGAUGAUGACGGUCGUGCAAAUCUUGCGCGAGGUACCGCUGAUGAGCAGCGGCAGGAUGAGGACGACGACAUGGACGACCGACGAGUAAAAAUUAAGGAGGAGAAAAAGAAUGGUGAUAAUGGUGAAAGUGUAAUAGACCAUCGGCAUGGUCAGUCGAAUCCACAGCAGGAACACCAGCAGCAACAACAAAAUCAUUCCCAGCCUCGUCACAAUAAUCUUCAAGUGUUACAGGCGGACGGUGAGCGGAACGUGGUAUCCCCACUCGGUUCGUCCCGUUCGCCGAUCGGUAGCUCGAACGGGGGUACCACGAUGGGUCCUCCGGCUAGGUAUACGAACAAUCACCAUGGAGGCAAUCAUCAUGGUGACGAUCGUAGCUUUGUCUCGCCACAGCCGACCAGCGGUAACCGGUUACCGUCGAGUGGGGCUAGCGGUCGUGGCCCGUACAAGAAGCAUAGUACCGGGGGUAACAACGGUGGUGGCCAUUUCGACAAGCGGGAUAGUGGUGGUGGUAACGGACCGCGCAGGCGCCGGACACGAUGCAAAAAUUGCGAAGCCUGCCAGCGGUCCGAUUGCGGGGAGUGUAGUUUUUGUCUUGACAUGGUGAAGUUUGGCGGUCCCGGUCGGGCUAAGCAGACUUGCAUGAUGCGCCAGUGCUUGCAGCCGAUGCUACCGGUAACGGCUCAGUGUAUUCAUUGCAAUCUGGAUGGAUGGCGUCAGGCACCGAUUACGGCACCGGCGCAGGCUAAACUGCAGGCGCAGCUGCAGGAAGGUCCGUCCGCACUGAUGGAGUGUUCGGUGUGCUACGAAAUAUCGCAUCCGGACUGUGCGCAGCGUGCUGCACCGGAGGCACAAGGUAUCGUGAACGAUGAUCUGCCAAACAGCUGGGAAUGUCCGACGUGCUGCAAAAUGGGCAAAAAUACAGAUUAUCGGCCAAGACACUUUCGAGCGCGACAAAAAUCGUCGGAAAUACGGCGCAUGUCGGUAAGCAGUGACGCAUCCUCGACCCACAACACCGAGUUUGGUCGAAUAGGUGGUGGCCAUAGUGGUGGUGGUGCGGAUGGAUCGAUUGCAGGUGGAGAUGGUAUGAUGCCUGGAUCUAAUGUGUCCGCACCGAGAGCACCCCGCUUCCAGGAUGAUAUGCUGUACGAUUUUGCCGUGUCUGGAAGUGCGGUCAUAGUCGGCAGUAAAGGUGGUAACAUACUGUUCGAGCGAAAGCCCAAGAUAAAGGAUGAGGAUAUAUCGAGCGGGUCGGAAAAUGAUGCCUCCGGUGUGGGGAAGAAAAUGCAUCUUCAGACAAUUAAUGCACCAUCCAACAAUGCGGUGAAGGUGGAGGUGAAGAAUGAACCGCUGGACCACCACCAUCACGGGUACUCGACGAAUCAUCAUGCAACGAGCGUUAUAAAAGAUGGCCGUGAGAUUGCAGCAUCCGCCGUUGGAGGAGGUGUCGCAGGUGUUCCGGUGAAGCGAAGAAAGAGUGAAGAAGGUGGUGGUGCCAUAAAUAUAAAUCACGGCGGAACUAACCAUGGUGGUGGUGGUGCUGCUGCAGGACCGCCAGAUGGUCAUGACGGGAAGAACACGAAUCACCACGGUACGCUGCCAAGGAAAAAGUCCUCCCAGCGUAUGCAGCUAGCACAUCAGAUCCACAACACAUCAACAAAACCGAUGAAGAAACCACUGUACCCGAUACGGCCAGCAUCAUCGGUCACGCAUACACCGACGAUGCCGAUGGCGGGAAAUUACGCGCUUGAUGCUACCUGUUUAUUGGCCGUGUUUCGUUACCUACCGCCGGAAACGCUUGCCACGUGUACGAUGGUGUGCAAGACCUGGUCCAACAUAGCGGUCGACCAAUCGCUCUGGAAGCGUAUGAAUUGUACCGAGUACAAGCUGUCCCCGAACUUGCUGUCGGCGAUAGUACGCCGUCAGCCGGAACAUUUGAUAAUGGAUUGGAUAGGACUUGGCAAACGGCAGGUUACGUGGUUGAUAUCACGCAUCCCCGGUCUCAAGAAUCUCUCGCUCCAGGGCACACACAUACAGGCUGUGCUAGGGCUGCAUACAUGCAUGUGCCCACCACUGCAGGUACUUGAUCUGAGCUUUAUUGCGGGUUUGAAUGAUUUUGCUAUCCGCGAAAUACUAUCGCCACCGAAAGAUUCCCGCCCUGGAUUGGCUGAUUCCAAGUCACGGCUGCGCAACCUUAAAAUGUUGAAAGUGGCCGGUGCAGAUAUCUCGGACGUAGCACUCCGCUACAUUACGCAAGGUUUACCAAACCUUACACACCUCGACUUGAGCUCGUGUCAGCGCAUCACGGAUGCUGCUAUCGCACAGAUCGGCACAUCGCCCGCAGCCAUUAAAACGUUGAUCGAGCUGGACCUGAGCUGCUGCAAGCUGAUUACGGAACUGUCGCUUGAUCACCUAGCCAAAUGUGACGCACUUACGCGGCUUGAUCUCAGCCAUGUGCCGCAAGUAUCGACGCAAUCGAUGAUCAAAUUUGCAUCCACCUCUAAGAACGAUCUACAGCUGCACGAUAUUAAGCUAGUGGAUAAGCGAAAAACUCCUUCCCAGCAGCAGUCACAGGAGGCACCACGAUAA